GCGGCGGCCGCAGCUCGGGUGCAGCCGCCGGCCGGUCCGCGCGCGCGGCCAUGGAGCUGGAGGUGCCGGACGAGGCGGAGAGCGCCGAGGCGGGGGCCGUGACCUCGGAGGCGUCCUGGGCCUCGGAGAGCGGGGCGGCGGCAGGCUUGGCCCAGAAGAAGAUGGCCCCGUCGGAGGCCCCGCCGAUGACUGGACAGCUGGGCCCUGGCCACGGGAAGAAGCUGGGUCAUCGGGGAGUGGACGCGUCUGGCGAAACCACCUACAAGAAGACCACGUCCUCCACCCUGAAAGGGGCCAUCCAGCUGGGCAUCGGCUACACCGUAGGCAACCUGAGCUCCAAGCCAGAGCGUGACGUGCUCAUGCAGGACUUCUACGUCGUGGAGAGCAUCUUCUUCCCCAGUGAAGGCAGCAACCUCACCCCCGCCCACCACUUCCAGGACUUCAGGUUCAAGACCUAUGCACCUGUCGCCUUCCGCUACUUCCGGGAACUCUUUGGGAUCCGGCCGGACGAUUACCUGUACUCGCUGUGCAACGAGCCACUGAUCGAGCUGUCCAACCCCGGCGCCAGCGGCUCCCUCUUCUAUGUCACCAGCGACGACGAGUUCAUCAUCAAGACGGUGAUGCACAAGGAGGCCGAGUUCCUGCAGAAGCUGUUACCCGGCUACUACAUGAACCUCAACCAGAACCCGCGGACGCUGCUGCCCAAGUUCUACGGGCUGUACUGUGUGCAGUCGGGCGGCAAGAACAUCCGUGUGGUGGUCAUGAACAACAUCCUGCCGCGCGUGGUCAAGAUGCACCUCAAGUUCGACCUCAAGGGCUCCACGUACAAGCGGCGGGCCAGCAAGAAGGAGAAGGAGAAGAGUAUCCCCACCUACAAGGACCUGGAUUUCAUCCAGGACAUGCCCGAGGGGCUCCUGCUGGACGCAGACACCUUCUCCGCCCUCGUCAAGACGCUGCAGCGGGACUGCCUGGUGCUGGAGAGCUUCAAGAUCAUGGACUACAGCCUGCUGCUGGGCGUGCACAACAUCGACCAGCAGGAGCGGGAGCGGCAGGCCCAGGGCGCCCAGAGCACCGCGGACGAGAAGCGGCCGCUGGGCCAGAAGGCUCUCUACUCCACGGCCAUGGAGUCCAUCCAGGGCGGGGCCGCGCGCGGCGAGGCCAUCGAGUCGGACGACACGAUGGGCGGCAUUCCCGCCGUGAACGGCCGCGGGGAGCGGCUGCUGCUGCACAUCGGCAUCAUUGACAUCCUGCAGUCCUACAGGUUCAUCAAGAAGCUGGAACACACCUGGAAGGCGCUCGUCCACGACGGGGACACGGUCUCUGUGCACCGGCCCAGCUUCUACGCAGAGCGCUUCUUCAAGUUCAUGAGCAACACGGUCUUCCGGAAGAACUCCUCCCUGAAAUCCUCCCCGUCCAAGAAGGGCCGUGGUGCGUUGCUGGCCGUCAAGCCCCUGGGGCCCACGGCCGCCUUCUCGGCCAGCCAGAUCCCCAGCGAGCGGGAAGACGCACAGUAUGACCUCCGGGGGGCCCGCAGCUACCCCACGCUGGAGGACGAAGGUGAGCGGCCAGGCCGGCCCGACCUCCUGCCCUGCACGCCGCCAUCUUUUGAGGAGGCCACCACCGCCUCCAUCGCCACAACCCUGUCCUCCACGUCCCUCUCCAUCCCGGAGCGAUCUCCCUCGGAGACCUCGGAGCAGCCACGGUACCGGCGGCGCACCCAGUCUUCGGGACAGGAUGGCCGGCCCCAGGAGGAGACACACGUGGAGGAGGACCUGCAGCAGGUCACGGUGCAGGUGGAGUCCGCGUGCAGCGUGGAGAUCGUGGUCCCCAAGGAGGAGGAUGCGGGGGUGGAGGCUUCCCCAGCCUGUGCCUCUGCCGCUGUCGAAGCAGAGACGGCCAGCCAGGCCUCAGAGCCCGCCAGCCAGGCCUCGGAUGAGGAGGACACACCCGCCACUGACAUCUACUUUUUCACCGAUGGGAGGUACUGGAUUUACUCCCCCCGGCAUCGCCGACUGCGGGCCGUGACGCUGAGCUCCUCAGGGACUCCCGCCGACGAGAGGAGCUGGGUGUACUCCCCGCUUCACUAUGCGCAGGGCCACCCAGCCUCCGACGGCGAGAGCGACACAUAACUUCUAUGCAGUCACCGACCCAGAGCCGAGCGCUCGCUGCCGCCCCGGCUGCUCCCCGGAGGCGCCGCCGCCCGCCGGGCCUCGCUCCGCGGCCCCCAGCUCCCGUCUACUACCUACGCCUGUGAGACUGUGAACCUCCCCGAGUGUCCGAUCAUGUAUUUAUUUUGGGUCCUUAACUCUUUGCACAAAGACGGCAGCACACGUGUGCAUUUUUUUUUUUAGAAAAAGAUGAAAAAAAAAAAAGGACGCGAUGGGAAAAGAAGAGAAACCACCCCCACGGCACCUUGUGGUUUUUUGCUGGGCUUGAAUGCGUGUCGGACCGAGGCCUGUUGGCUUCCGGGACCUGGAGCCCUCUGCGGGGUCCGGUCACCCCAGCUAAGCCCACGCUCCCAGGCUCCGCCUCUCCGCGGGGCCGGGGUGCCGAGGAGGGGGGACCACGGGGCCCCCGCUGGUGCUGGCGCCUGCAGGCCCUCCCGGCUCAGGUGUCCCGCCAGGCACCGGCCAUCCGUCCUGGGGGAGGCCCACCGGUGGGCGGGGGCGGCUCUCCACCCCCCAUGCCUGUAAUCGCUCCACAUCUGUUUCCCACCACGACGCCUGCCAGGUGACCCAUGAGCAAGAAUGGCCGGGCUGCCGCCCCUCUGGUGAAGCGCAGGACUGUGGGCUCCCGGUGGUCCCCAGGCGGCCUGCUCAGGAUCUGGAAGAGGGGCCCGAGCGAAGGGAGACCGCGGGCCCCCAGGCCGUGGGACUUCCAGAGAGCGCGUCCUGAGCCGGAGCCCUCCCAAGGUCAGGCUGCCCAGCUGUCCAGGCCGAGUACCCCCAGGACUGCGAUGCGUGGUUUUUUUUUUUUUUUUGUUAAGACAGCAAUGCGUCUGUGAGUUAAACGAGAAGAGAAGAAAUUCUUCAUGAAAAACAAAAAUUUUCUUAGCUUGUCGUUUUCAGCAGGGGCAGUCCCUUCUGGCCUCAAAGACCCCACCGUGUCCAGAGGUGGCCGGGGGAGCCGACGGCAGUGCAGGGUCUGUCCCGCCCCCACACAGAUGCACUCCCACCUCUUGAGAGGUGACACGGUGCGGUGGCUUCCCCCUGCCCACUGGGCUGCUCAUGUGGGAGCCAGGAGCCGGCUUGGAGCUGAAGCCUCACCUUCUGGAAGAAUUCCUCCCAGCCCUUGCCUCCCUGGCGGAGAACCCCCUGAUCCAGGAGUUUUGAUUUUUCGAGUCCCUUGGGGAGCUGCAUAUGCCACGGCUCCCCGUGUCGGGCCCUCAUGCACCCUCACCCUGCUCACUCCUUGCACCCAGAGGGUGCCUGCUGGCCUGGCCGCUGGCCGCUCCUCCCUGGAGAACCAGGUUGCACGCUGGGGACUGUCCCCCAGCUGCUGGCACAGGGACAGCCAGGGACGUGCCAGCCUGCAGCCUGGGGCAAAGACACCCCUCAGAGGACCUAUCAGAACCCAUCUGUGAACGUCCCAGAUGAGAAACAAAACCAUGUCCCCUCCCCCUUCCCCAAGAAGCCUUGGUCCAGACCCUGGGAAGCGUCCUCACCUGGAUUUCAGCCCAGCAUCCGUCUGUCGGUGUCCUGGCUGCAUGCCGCGAGCGGCCAGUCCGUCCCUCCCCCUUCCCGCCAAGGGGAUGGCAGCGGAGCAGGCAGAGAACUGAAGGUGCGUCUCAGACCUUGAUGACGAGCAAGGACCGCUGUGUCACCAAGAAGCCAGCAUCAGAGUUCCGCGGGGAUGACGGGAGCAGCGUGCCCCGUGUCCAGGGUGCCCGCGCCCACCUGGAGCUUCAGGAGUGAGGCGGGGGCCUCUGCUGGUCCCCCUUUGGGCUUUCCUGAACCACAGAACAGAGGCGCCGCUGGGAUGCUGACUUGCAAGAGAAGUUUGCAAGCCUCCUGGAUAUCAUGACAUCUCUAUUUUUGUGUUAGGUCCCUGAGACCCCCUUGGAGACCCGUUUUGUGUUGGUUGCAUCCUUUGUCCCUUUUCAAAGAACUGUCACAUGGAUGCUAACGUGGUCUGCAGACUGUGCCGGUGGGAGGGGUUUGCUUAUUCUUUUCGGGCCGGUUGGGGGGGCAGGAAGGCAAGACUUUAUAAUGUGUAGCAAAUUCAUGGCCUUUCCCAGCCCCUCCUGCCCAGAGGAAGGUUCUGGACCCAGCCAGCUGUCCCCUCCCAGCAUAGAAAUCUAAAUUCCUUCGUGGUGACACCCUGUCUCCCCUCCCGGCUCAUCUCUGAUGGCUGUAGUCCCUGAGAGCUGAGAGCCUGGGCGCUGGCCAGCUGGCUGACUGUGCAAAAGAAAGGCAUUUCCUGAGACUGACAAGGUGCAACUUCCUGAGAGCCCUCGCCGGCCUCUGUCCUACCCCCCUCGCCCGCUGCCUCCACCUCUUGGCUCAGUGCAAUACUCCCCUUCCAGUGGGGUCCCUUGCCAUGGUACUGUCGCUGCAGCCCCUGGGUCCGCACCGCACCGUGGGCCAGCGCCCUCCACCGCCUUUUCUCUGGUGGCUCAGUUGCAUCGCCUGCCCCACCCCCACCCCCAUCCCGUUUUUAUGGUCGAACUGAUUUCAGAACAACAAAAUUGCAAACCUUGUGUGUCUUAAUUCUCUCAGGGGGUUCCGUGUGCUCAGCCCCCGUGGUCUGGUGUGUGACAAUCCGGAGCGCGGCCUCAUCGGGCACAGAAUGCCGCCUAGCUCAAACCCAGAGCCGUGGGCAUCUCUGUAACUGUGCAGCCGCUGCUGGCCCCGAAUAACAUAUGCAGCCCCGGGCCCCCGCUCCCCGUCCCCGCCACCCCUCCUUCUUUUUACGUUGGAGAGAUCUCUCUAAUAAAUCGGGUAAUAAGCAUCA